AUUGCAACUGAUAUUUUUCUGCAGCUCCUGACAGAUCCAUAUGACAGCUUCAUGCAACGUCACCUGAAAUAUUAUGGCUAUUAUAAAGAAAAUAAAACUAAAGAAGAAGAAAUGUUACUGCGUCCAGCCCGGAGAAACAGAAGGAAGGAACAAACCCCUACAGACAGCGAUUCAGACAGAUUCUCCCAUGACCAGAAGAAACUGAUUUACACGCUGUUGUUGGAGAGCACCGUGUUUAAGAGCAGACAGAUUGUCUUUGAUAAUCAGGAAGGGCAAAUAAUCCCACGCCUCAGGGAACCCCGAGGAUUAUUCUCUACCUUCAGGGAAAAUGGCCUCCUGCAAUCUCCGCGCUGGCCUGCAGAAUGUGAAGUCGUUCCUGGAGAGAUCACUCACAUUGAAUGGGAUCCACCCCAUCCAGAGCUCUUCUACAGGCAUACUGGAAGGGAAGCGAUGCCAGCAGGUUCUGCGGAAGGAGAUGGCAAAGUGGUGUAUGAAAUCAGACCAGCUUACAAAGGGUCUUACUUCACCGGUUCCCGAACUGGCGGACGUCGCUGUGUCAAUCAUACACCUUCCACAAACGUCGAUGGGAAAAAUAACAACAAUUUGCAGUUUGAAUCUCGAUUUGAAAGCGGUAAUCUCCACAAAGCUGUCAAAGUAGGGACCUAUGAGUAUGAACUGACCCUACGCACUGACCUCUACACCAGCAAGCACACCCAAUGGUUCUACUUCCAGGUGAAGAACACAAAGAAAGGUGUCCCUUACCGCUUUACUAUCACUAACCUGAUGAAGAGCAACAGCCUGUACAAUGCCGGCAUGAAGCCUCUCAUGUACUCAGAACACAAUGCCGCCCUCACAGGAGACGGGUGGAAGAGAGAAGGGAAAGAUAUAAAGUACUAUCGUAACUCUCGCUCACAGGAGGGCGGCUCUUUGUACUGCAUGACUUGGACCUUUGAGUUUCCCAAUGACAAUGAUACCUGUUACUUUGCACACUGUUAUCCGUACACAUAUUCCGACCUGCAUAAGGAUAUUCAAAGAUGGACGAGUGACCCGGAACGCUCCCAGUACUGCAAACUCCGGGCCUUGUGUAGGAGCCUGGCCGGUAACACGGUCUAUUUGAUGACUAUUACUUCCCCAUCAGUGAAUCCUGAGUUGGCCACUAGUAAGAAAGCAGUUGUGGUCACCGCCAGGGUACAUCCUGGGGAGACCAAUGGCUCAUGGAUGAUGAAAGGCUUCUUGGAUUUCAUCCUUAGUGACUCUCCUGAUGCUCAGCUGCUUAGGGAUAUGUUUAUUUUCAAAGUGAUUCCCAUGCUGAAUCCAGAUGGGGUAAUUGUUGGAAAUUACCGCUGCUCUCUGUCUGGGAGGGAUCUAAACAGGAACUAUCGGAGUAUGCUGAAGGACUCCUUCCCGUGUAUUUGGCACACAAGGGCUAUGAUUAAAAGGCUUGUAAUGGAACGAGAAGUUCUUCUGUAUUGUGACUUCCAUGGACACAGUCGUAAGAAUAAUGUGUUCAUGUAUGGCUGUAACAACAAGGCUCAUCCCGAGUCCAGGCUACACGAGAGGGUCUUUCCUUUAAUGCUCAGCAAGAAUGCUCCUGAUAAGUUCUUUUUUAAAGGCUGUAAGUUUAAAGUGCAGAAAAGUAAAGAAGGUACAGGACGAAUAGUAAUGUGGCGCCACGGCAUCAGAAACAGUUACACCAUGGAGUCUACCUUUGGGGGAUCUACACUAGGGGACAGAAAAGGGACUCAUUUUACAACAAAAGACCUCAAAUCAAUGGGACAUUACUUCUGUGACACUCUACUGGACUAUUGUGAUCCUGACAGUACCAAGUUUAAGGUUUGUUUGUCUGAGCUCCAGACUAUAGUUCAGGAAGAAAUAAAAGAGAAGUUGAAACAACUCGGAAGAGAUGUUGAUUCUGAUGUCAAUUUCAGUGACAUUUCCCUAUCAGACAUUGAAUCAAGCACCAGUGGAUCAAAUAGCUCCGAGUCUGAUGGACUUCCUGCACAUUUGCUGAACAUGGCAGAAAAGUUUUUUCAGAAAAAGAAACGUUUACGGUCUCGUAAAGAGAGGAACAAUAUGUAUCAGAAACGCAGCUCCAAACACAAACCAAAGCCACAGAGCAGUGUGGUGGAUGUUACUGAAUCAACCAACCAAACGGCCAAAUCCACAGUCCCAAAAAACUCUAGUAAAGGAGAGGAUGUUGAAAAAAGAAAAAAAAAGAUGAAGUCCCAUGAAAGCUCCUUGUCACAGACGGAUAUAGUACAGACAGCCACAGCACCACCUACAGUAGAAAAGCCCACCCUGUCUUAUGCCCGGAAGGCUGAGUCUGUUUCUUUGAAGACCCAGCUCAUCAACAGACUCCCAACCUCCUUUGUUGGUGAUUUCUCCACGAUUGAUCAUGUGUGUCCUCGCCAUAGCACACUAAAGACACGGGAAACAGUUACUGGAAAUCGCCUUCCUCUUAUUAUAACGGUUAUUCAGAGAAGUAACUUCCCUCCAUUCCCUAAGGAUUCCUCGCCGAUCAAACAACAUCCGCCACCUUUCCAUGCCAUGCUUGAUUUUAACAAUCACAAAAGCCAGGUGGCCGAUCAUGUCCUCAAAAGAGACAAACCGUUCAUAUCAAGAAGUCUGGUACCUUCCGUGGGGACGAAACCAUACAGCUUUGCGACAACUGUAGAUAAACAAAAAAGCCCAGAGAUGUCCAGUUCAACCAUUGAUCUACAGCUCGGUCUCAGCCCAAAGACCCACAGGACCAGCAGAAUCCGCUCGGAGUCACUCAUCACUCUUGUGACUUCAGAAUUGUUAGAUAACAUCUUGCCAAAACCAAAGAAACAAAUAUCAGACUCUAUGAAGUCAUUGCCAAAUGUCAGGAGAUCAGAUUCCCUCAUCGCAGCCACUCCCGAGGACCAGAUACACCCCAAGAAACGUACAGCAUGAUGCCAAGUCAGAUAUAGAGAAG